AUAGUUUACUAUACUAUACUGUAAUAGCUCGUUGUUGCCGCCUUUCUUAACCUUAUAAAAGUUAAAGCUUUCUUGCUGUGAUUUAUGAUUAUUAAUUAUCAACAAUUAUUUCUACGUUAUUUAUUAAUUUUUAAUUAGUUUAUUAUCCUUAGACCUACCAUAAUCCGACUAUCUCCAAUUAUUUCUUUAGGAAGAUACUUUAAGAAACUUUGAAAUUCAAACAUGCUGCUGUGAAGUUACAAGUUACAACAUAGUAUUCUACUUUUUGCAAUUGGAUUUAAUUAAAGGCUGUUGAAAAGUUACCCGUUCUACAAUGAAGAAAUCAAGUGCUCCUGGAAGAAUGUCUUGCGCUCGAGGACUGAUGAUGAAAGCGAAGAAAACUUCCACUCCAGAACGGGAAACGAACGAAACUCUACAAUGUGAUCUAUCAAUGAUUUCCCCUCUGGAUUUAAGUGUUUCAUCGAACAACAUUGCUACAGGGGCUGCAGGUGUGUCAGAAGCAACCCGAGACACUAAAAGCUCUUUAGCCCGAACAAAAUCCUUGGAUUGUCUCCCAACCAUUGCCGAAUCCAAGCAUAAACCAGCUUCUAGGAGAGAUGAUACCUGUAGACCCACUGAAGAGGACUUAGCCACUGCCGUUUCUAAUGCCAAUUUAAGAUCAAAACUAAUGAAAUAUCUCGUGGAAAAAUGCACGGAACACAUGCAGAAGAACUUGGAUGAAGAUUUAUACAGACUACAAAAGGAAAUUGAGAAAGAACAAGAGAGAGAAAAUGAAUUGAAAUAUAGACUCAAAACAAUACAAAUGAACAAAGAAAUUGAGAAAAUGUUGGAUACUAAUGGAAGAAACAUAGAAAAUCUCGUUGAGAACCUCAAAGCUAGAAACGCUGCUGAAAAUUUCAAGUUGAAAUGUGAUGCUAUUGCUAAAGAACUGGAGAAAAAUAAAGAUAGAAUUAUUUGCACCAACAUAAAUAUUCCAGAAAAUGAUGAAUCGAAUGAAAAAUUACAGCUGAUUAUUGGCGAGACUAGAGAAGCUUACGAAGAUUUGACAUCAGAAUUAGCGAAACAACAGAUUGAUGAGAAAGUAGUUGAAGCACUAGGUAAAACUUUGCAGGUAACCGAAGAGUUCGCAGGUAGACAAAAAAGAUGUGAAGAAGGCCUCAAACAAUUGAAAACUCUAACAGCACGAGAGAAUACUUUGAGGACUAUGGUUGCGAUAGAAGAGAAGAUGAAUAAAAAAUGGAAAAACGGCUUCUUAUAGAUAAAGUAUUUUUUAAAUUUCAGUCAGUUUGUUGAUUUAUUGUUGUAAGUCUUCUAGUGAUUUAAUAACAGAUUUUAAUAAUUAGAUUGAAUACUUUUCGGCGUUUCAAAGGCUAUUUUCCAGACCUAGAUCAUCAAUAUUCUCUAUAUAAAUCGAUCAUUCCAAUUUGAUCUCUAUCAAUUUAUAAUAAUGUAAACACUUACAAUUUUUCACGAUUUUGAGAUAAUUAAUUAUUUUCAUUUGUUCUUCUAUUUCGAUAUUUCUUGUUUAGCUUUUCUUUUAUGUUUAAAUAAUUAGUUCAAAUAAUGUGAAUUAAACUGUUUGGAAAUAAAA